AUGGAAGUGCUUGUAAAGUUUGGCACUCACUUUCUCUUUUUCCACCAAGCUUGCAAUCGAAACUGCAACUCCAACCCACCAAGUCUGAUGAACUCUGAAGUCGUCAGUCUCUCCACGAGCACUCCUGCUACUCAUGACACGCCUUCGCCCGCUCCGACAGCUGGGCGAAAUCGGAAACCAGUCUGGGACUUGAUGGACGUGGAUGGCAAGGACGUUUUGUGCAAGCGCUGUGGGAAGCUCGUCCACGCGUCUGGUCGAACUCACGUGGAACGAGUCGAAAAACACGUCUACAGCCGCUGCGAGAAACGUCUGUCGUCUUACAAGAUCACGGAUAUCUACCAGUCGAUUAUGAACACGGCGGUUUUGAAGCAGUAA